AUGUACCAGAUAAUCAUCUUCUUGCUUGCUUUGGUCUCGUUCGUUCCCCACUCUUUGGCACAAAAUUGCGAUCCCGCAGUGUUCACACCAGGAACUAGUCAGUUAACAACUCAAACCUCGUCGUUUAGCGGUAUACCCAUCACAUUAACUGGAACUUUGUCGAUAGUCGAUGGUUGUCAUUUCCAAGUUAGUGGUUUUAGUUAUUCCACUGCCCUCCCACUGACAUUUUGGUUUGGAGCCAAUGGUACUAAUUCUGCAGCAAUACAAAUAGUUAAAGACCAGGUGCCUCAAAUUGUCAAUCCUGCCACCAUACAGUACCAACUAUUGAAUAACACGAGAUUCAAUUUUGAUACCAUCUUGCUGGCCUCUAAGCAAAAUACCGAUCAAGUAAUCAUAGGGUACGCACAGAUUCGUAAGCCUAAUAAUAAUACAACCGCUAGCAGUAAUGGUACAACGCCCAGUGGUGGAUCAAGUAGAAGCAUGAACGAAGGUAUUAAUGGCUUCGUCAUCGGUGCUGGAAUGCUGUUGGUUGCUACGUUCUUUGCUUUUCAAUGA